GGCCUUAUCGCCUGGUCACUCUGUAUUUUCUUAUUUCGUUUCUGUUUGUUUGCGCAUUAAUUUUUGCCGCCAAUAUAAAAUGAAUGUGUCUACGACAUCUUUAAAUAAUUCCUUCAUCGAAGAAGACGAUAUGCGUCUUGGCUAUAAUCAUGAAAGCAUAGUGAACUUCCUCGAGAAGUCGUCUAUCAAGGAGUGGUUUUCCUACGCAAUAGAAACUACAGACGCCAAACAGUUGCUAGACCGCUUUGUAGUCACCUUAUCAGGUAGUUUCGAUCUGUAUUUGGAGCAACUACUUGAUCUUUUUACCCUCUCCAUUAUGAUGAUGACUUACCAAAGAGACAAUUUAUUGCUGAUGAAGGAGCGGUUCAUGCUUAUAGAUGUGGUCAGUCAUUUGGCGGAUUCCCUAGAUUCAGAGGAGAUUCACUACAUAGCCUCGGGCUUAUACGAAAACUUAGUGACAGGCAUAGGAUUGGAACGCUUGGAAAGAGUUUUAGACAUGCAUGCCGCUAUUCCCGCCUUGGUAGAGUCUUCCAGUCUUGGAAACGAUAUUUCUGUGGCUCUACUGCUUACCAUAAUGGGGCAGUACACAGGGAAAUCAAUUCCACUGGACAAUAAGGAAACCGCUCGCAAGGCUUUUGAGUUGGCCAAAUUAAUCAAUUGGCAUCAGUUGGCGAACAGUGGUCGCCAAGCAGAUAUGUUCAUGCUUGUCCGAACAUUCAGCCUGAUCAUCAAUUGCCGCAGCAUUCGAGAAGAGUGUCCCGAUUGGAAGGAUAACUUGGGCGCUGAGAUACACAAAUACUUUCUUCAGGUGCGCAAGGCAUUCCAAAGCACUGCCGCAUAUGGACCUUUUGAAAUGAUGAUCGAACGAUUUAUUGCUUAUUGCGUGGUUCGCGGAGCCACAACCACACCCCAACUUUGCAAUUACAAGAUUUCCGAGAUUGCCAUUACAGACUCUCAAUAAUGGUUGAGCGGGAUACUGUUUAAGAAUCCUAAAUCGUUUAAUUUUAAUGUAAAAAGGUUUGUAAGAGCGUGCAGUAUGCAAGUAACACAUAUUAAGCAUACAGCUGAGAACAAAAAUAAUACCAAAUAUUUGAUUUAUUAAGUAAAAUUAAAAAUUAAGUUAUUUUUUGUAAUAAAAAGUUUAUAUUGUUUGAUUCAAUGGUCUGAUCUUGACCUUGAAUUUUGAAA